AUGAGUGCUUCUCAGUAUGCUCGACUUGUUCCCAAAAAAUAUCGAACCCGGUGGUUGCCAAAAAUCAAUCGUCCAAUUCGGCCGCGUGUGAUUGCAUGGGCUGGGCCAAGUGCAUUCUAUCCAAAUAGAUUCUAUGAAAUUGAUAAAUGGUAUAAAGCAAGAAUCGAUAAACCAGAGAAAUUACCGAAAAUGCAUAUAAUUGACCCGGCGAACUAUGUGCAGCCACUGGAGGAGCUUUUAAGGAAAACGGUAAUUAAUGCAAUCAAUAUUGGAUAUCAGCAAAAAGAAACGCCUGUGAAAAAAACGAAAAGUGAAGUUGACAAAGCUGAAUUGGAAAGGUUGUCCAGACAUUUGAAAUUGGAAGUAAAUUUGGAUAAUGUCGAUUUUCCAAACCUUCAUGUUUGUCGUCAUUAUUUAAUAUUCGACCAUUUAUUUGGCGAAGGGACCUACUUCCACAAUGUGCAAAAUUUCGAGGCAGCCUUCAACGAUAAUCAAGUUUACAAUGGAAAUAUCUUGAAUGCUUCGACGACAUCUUCACCUCCAAUGGUAUCAAUUGAAAAAGUUGGAAAUGACGGAUUCAAUACGCUUCUGAUGGUGAACCUUGACGGAAAUGCCUUCGAAAAGAGUGGAGAAGUCAUUCAAUGGCUUGUUUCGAAUAUUCCUGACGGAUCUGAUAUAGCCGAAGGUGACCAGGUGAUCGAUUAUUUGCAACCAUUGCCAUUUUACGGAACUGGAUAUCAUCGCGUUGCUCUUGUACUUUUCAGGCAUAGCGAAAAAAUCGAUUUCAGUAAUCUUAAAGGGACAUCAUUAUUUGAUCGAGUUCAACCGAUUAGCGAGAUUUACAAGAAGCAUGAGAAUGUUUUGACACCUUCAUCGAUUCGAUUCUUCCAAACAUCCUAUGAUAACAGUGUGAAAAAUGUAUUGCAUUCAUUAGGUAUGAAAUCACCACUUUACGAGUAUAAGUACAAUGAGCCACUGAAGCCAGAGCAAAGAGAAUUCCCUGAGAAAUCGCAACCAUUCGAUUUGUAUUUGGAUAUGUAUCGUGAUCCGAAGGACGUUGAAACUGAAAUUCUUGAGAAACGCUUGAGCGAAGCCCAAUUAGACAAUUAUAAGGAGCCACAAUGGCGAGACAUUGACUACAACGAGAACAAAAAACGACUUCCGUCUUGGUUGCAUUCGAGGAUUCUGUCGAGGAAAGGUCCCGCAAAAGCGCAAUAUGUCAACAAAAUUGACUAG